GCCCUCCGGCUCGGCCGUUUUAAAAUCCUCGUCGUCCAUCGACAUUCCAUUCCGCCUCCCUCCUUCCCUCCCCCAAUCUCUUUCUCGCCGUGCCGCACCUUUUCGGUGGCAAGCACGCCGCUCCUCUCCUCUGCUUUUCUGCUUGGAGCAGUGGUUGCGGCUCGGCGUCGAGGCGCGGUGUGCAGGGGUUCGGCCGCCGGGGUUGGAUUCCUUGGUUUCUCGGACCGGUUCGAGAGUGGAGGAAAUGUCGACGGAGUGCUCGGACCUCGGGGAGGAGUUCUGGCUCCCGGAGGAGUUCCUAGACGACGAUUUCUUCUCCGAGGAGGAGAAGGCGGCGGUGGCCGCAAGGAGCGAGAGCGAUGAGGAGGACAGCCUUGCCGGCCUCUCGCGCCGCCUUGCCGGGCUCCUCGGGGAUGUCGGCGAGCGGAAGCCUCCUGCCAAGGCCGAGGUGACGGUUGGGUCGCCGCAGUCGACGCUGUGCGGGCUGCCCAAGUCCGGCCAAGAGAGCCCGAACGGCGGGGCGUCCAAGGGGACCUCACCGCCGUCGUCGCCGCUGGAGCAGCGGCCGGCGGACCCGUGGGAGCUCCUCUACGAGGCGGCAGGGCAGGUUGCCCGCAUGCGGGCGGUGGCCAACAGCAUCCCCGUGCCUACUAACGGCUACGGCUUCAACGGCCACGGUGGGUUCGCGCCGCCGGCGAGGAAGCCGUCGCCGCCGCCGCCGGUGGCUCCUCCCGCCACCAAGGCCCCUGCCGGCGGGUACUACCACCCGCUCGCGCACCUUGUCUCGCAGCGCCAGAUGCAGGCUGCUCAGUUCCAUCUCCUCAAGCAACAGCAGCUGCUCAGGCUGCAGCGAGAGCGCCAGCUGACCGCGGCGUGGAGCGCUCGCCAUGGCGCAGGUCCGAAAUCCGUUGGCUGCGGCGGCGACGCGCCUCUCUGUCUGAACCCGGCGGCAUGGCCCCCGCUUCAGAAGCCGCAGCAGCACCACCAGGCGCCGGCGCCCCCUGCCGGUGGCAUGCGCGCGGUGUUCCUCACCCCGCCCGGCGCCAAGCGCGAGCGUAACGGCACCGGCGUUUUCCUCCCUCGCCCAGCCGGCGCCCCCGCCGAGCCGAAGAGAAAGACAGGAUGUUCGACGGUUCUCGUCCCCGCACGCGUCGUGCAAGCUCUGAACCUUAAUCUUGACGACCUCGGCGCACAGCCUCGUUACCCCGGCGGCUUCGUUCUUGAUCACGAUGCCUUGAUUAGCCGGAGCAACGCCAUGCUGGCGAGCCAGAAGCGGCGUGCCGCGGCAGAGGUGGCCUCGCCGGCGCUCUGCCACAGUUCUUGAGUUCAGUCGCCGGUCGGAGCGGACGAAGGUUGCCACUAAAGAUUCCGGCGACACCUUCCGUCUUUUCGUCACUUGUGUCAAUCCUAAUAAUAAUCAAGGAAAUUGGUUGGAGCACCUUUUGUUAGGUAGUGUGUUAGCAGCAGAGUUAGGAAGGCAAUACUAGUGUUAGCUUCAGUGUUAGGUCUGUUCAUUUUGGAUCCGGUGAUAUAUUGGUUUUUUUGGUGUGGACGGAAAGCGGUGAAGAUGGACGAACAGCGAAGAAACCCUUGUCCCAGUUUGGUGGUGUGGGGGAAGAAUAAUAAUAAGUGGUUGGAGAGAGGUGAUUAGCUGCUGCCAGAGCAAGGAAGAAGAUGAUGAUGAGAAAUGACAUGAAAGGACCGGAUGGGGUUUAUCUUGGAGAAGAGAAAAAGGAAAUAGGAGCUCAUUUCCCCAUCCAUCCCUCCAUGGCUUUGCUUGCGGGUUCUACCAGCACAGACCCAGCUAAGGCCUCCUCCUCCCUCUUUUUUGCAGCCUUUUUUACUUGCAAAAGAAGCUUGCCGUGGGCUCCAUGAAUAAGGGCGCUUGCUUUGUUAUCUUAGAGUAUGCUCAAAGGAUUUAUUGGUGUUUUUUCCUGUACUACUUAGGCCCUGUUUGGGAAGGGCGUGUU